AAAAGCAACUUUAAAGUGAGUUAUUGAAGUCGGGACAUUGGUUUCGUUUCAGUUUCGUUUUGUCCUGUCGGCCGAAGGGGGGCUGUCUGGACAAGUUCACGGCAUCAUCAUGAAUCAGUUUCAGGUUUCUCCGCCUGAGAAAUUCACAUUUAAAGCGGAUGAUUGGUUGAAAUGGAUAAAACGCUUCGAAAGAUUUCGGAUUGCGUCUGGAUUGGAGACGCAGGCGGACGAAAAUCAGGUGAAUGCUCUGAUUUACGUGAUGGGUGAGGAAGCAGAAGACAUAUUAACUUCCAUGCAUUUAAGUCCCGCGGAUGCGGCUGAUUAUGAAGUUGUUAAGCAAAGACUGAAUGAUCACUUCAUCGCUCGCAGAAAUGUGAUUUUUGAGAGAGCUAAAUUUAAUCAGCGACAGCAAGCCGUGGGUGAGUCUGUAGAUCACUUUAUAACGGAACUGCAUUGUUUGGCCGAGCACUGUGGAUACGGAGAGCUGCACGAUGAGAUGGUAAGAGAUCGACUCGUCGUGGGUCUGACAGACAAAAGGCUGUCAGAACAAUUACAACUAGACCCUGAAUUGACACUUGAGAAAGCUGUUGUACGAGUUCGACAAAGUGAACUAGUAAAAAAACAACAAGAAUUGCUCAAGUCCAACUUUAAAGGGGAAAUCAUAAACGAACAGUUAGACAGCGUGCAGGCUAAACAGUACAGCAAUGUGAAAUCAAAACAAGUGAAGCCACAUUAUGUACAAUUUGCAAAGAAACCACCUCAUGAAAAAUAUAAAAAGGGGAUUCAGUGUUCUAGAUGCGGAGACACAAGAGGCCAUAACCUGCAGCUAUGCCCAGCUAGAGAUGCAAUAUGCAACCGGUGUCAUAAGACAGGACAUUAUGCAAAAAUGUGCAAGUCAAAGAAAGUGCACGAGGUAAAUAUUGCCACAAUAACUGAGGAUGCAGAUGAAGACAUUGCAUUCCUAGGCUCAGUAACAACAAAUCUGGCUGGAAGCCCAUGGAUGACUGAGAUAAAAAUUGACGAUUUGGAUGUAGUGUUCAAAAUUGACACUGGAGCAGAUGUUACAGUUGUUCCUGUGACGUUGUACAACCAGGGCCGGUUCAACAAACUGAAACAUGCUGGUAAAAUUCUCCAGGGGCCAGGUGGAACGUCAUUAAAUGUAAAAGGGAAAUUUACAAGCACCCUCAGUAAAAACAACAAAUGCACAAAACAGGAGGUAUAUGUUGUUGACGGAUUGUACAUGCCAUUGCUAGGCAGGCCAGCAGUCGCUGCACUUCAAAUAGUAGCCAGGCUGGAUGAUGUCAGCUUAAGCUCAAAAGAAAGAGUGGAGCAGGAGUUUCCAAAACUCUUCAGCGGCUUAGGCAAAAUGGAGGGUGAGUACAGCAUCGUGCUAAAGCCUGGGGCAAAACCUUUUUCUCUGUCAACACCUAAACGCAUUUCCCUCCCUCUUUUACCAAAAGUGAAGGAAGAAUUAACCCGAAUGGAACAGCAGGGGGUUAUAUCAAAGGUCGAAGAACCGACAGAGUGGUGUGCUCCCAUGGUCGUAGUGCCGAAGCCGACUGGGAAAGUGAGAAUCUGCACAGAUCUCACUGAACUGAACAGAUCAGUUAUGAGGGAAAAACAUCCUUUGCCUUCGGUGGAGCACACGUUGGGACAACUUGCUGGAGCCAAAGUGUUUUCCAAGUUGGACGCCAAUGCUGGCUUUUGGCAGGUUCCACUUUCUAAGGAAUCCUCUUUGCUCACCACCUUUAUUACUCCAUUUGGACGAUACUGUUAUAACCGUCUAUGCUUUGGAAUCUCUUCAGCUCCUGAGCAUUUCCAAAAACGCAUGUCCAGAAUACUUGAGGGUCUGGAAGGUGUCGUCUGUCAAAUGGAUGACGUGCUUGUCUGGGGGUCCACUCAAAGUGAACAUGACGAGAGGCUGCGACGGACGCUCUCAAGACUUCAGGAAGCAGGUGUCACUCUCAAUGAGAAAUGUGAGUUUUCCAGGAGUAAAAUCAAGUUUCUUGGACAAAUCAUUGAGGAAACGGGGGUGAGUGCAGACCCAGAUAAGGUGGAAGCAAUAAAAGCCAUGAAACAACCAUGUAAUGUCAGCGAAACAAGGCGGUUUUUGGGAAUGGUCAACCACCUUGGUAAAUUCUUGCCACAUUUGACGGAGAAAACACAACCACUCAGAGACUUGUUGAGAAAGUCCAAUAUGUGGGUCUGGGGAUCACCUCAGCAGGUGGCUUUUGAGGAAAUCAAAGAGGAACUGACAAAACCUCCCGGUUUGGCGCUAUAUGAUACAAACAAGGAUACAGUAGUUUCUGCGGAUGCCUCUUCAUAUGGGCUGGGUGCUGUUCUCCUACAGAAGCAAGCAGAGAAUGUGUGGAAACCUGUUGCGUAUGCUUCAAAGUCUCUCAGUGAUACAGAGAAACGGUAUGCGCAAAUAGAGAAGGAGGCGCUGGCCACCACAUGGGCUUGUGAGAGGUUUGCCGAGUUUCUCAUUGGGAAACAUUUCCACAUCGAGACUGAUCAUAAACCUUUGGUUCCUCUGCUUAGCUCAAAGAAAUUGGAUGAACUCCCUCCACGCAUUCAGCGGCUUCGCAUGCGGUUGUUGAGAUUUUCGUACACCAUAUCACAUGUGGCGGGUAAAAACAUAGCAACGGCCGAUGUGUUGUCUAGAGCUCCCGUUAGCGAUACAGCAGAAGGGCUCUCUGAAGAGGACAUCAAUCUGUAUGCUGAUUCUGUCAUGUCGAGUUUGCCGGCUACAGAAAAAAGACUCAGAGAGAUCCAGAAACAUCAAGAUGAUGAUUCUACACUCCUGCAGCUAAAGAAAUAUUGUGUGUCAGGAUGGCCAAGUAAAUUCUCAAUUGAAAAAGUUUUUCAGCCUUACCUGUCAUUUGCAGGGGACCUUUCUGUGCAAAAUGGACUUUUGUUGAAUGGUAUCAGGAUUGUGAUUCCAGCGUCACUCCAAGCCGAGAUGCUACAGAAACUGCAUGAAGGUCAUCUGGGCAUCACAAAGUGCAGGGAGAGAGCUAAACAAUCGGUUUGGUGGCCAGGUCUUAGUAAAGAGCUGACGAAAAUGAUUGAGAACUGUGACACAUGUGCACGAGAGAGAACUAACCUCAGAGAACCAAUGUUGCCUACUGAUUUUCCGUCGAGGCCAUGGUCCACAGUUGGAGCAGAUCUGUUUCAGAAAGACGGCAAGGUGUACUUGGUCGUUGUGGACUACUUUUCUAGGUUCUUUGAGGUUGCAAAACUGACGUCGACAACUUCAGAGGCUGUGGUUGAACACUUUAAAUCCAUCUUUGCACGUCAUGGAAUCCCUGAGGUUGUGCGCUCUGACAAUGGACCACAGUUUGCUUCAGAGUGUUUUCGUGUAUUUGCACUGGACUGGGGUUUCAGCCAUGUAACAUCGAGUCCUCAUUUUCCGCAAAGCAAUGGACAGGCGGAGCGUGCGGUGAGGACGAUUAAAAAUCUUCUCAAAAAGGCAAAUGAUCCCUACCUCGCACUUAUGGCUUACCGUGCAUCUCCUCUGGCUAAUGGUUAUAGUCCUGCUGAGCUCCUCAUGGGGAGGAAGAUAAGAACGCGGGUUCCUUUGAUCCCUUCUCAGCUUAAUCCAAAUUGUCCAGAUGUGGAAAAGCUGGUGACGAAGGAGCUGAUAUACAAAUGUAAACAGAAACAAAAUUUCGACAGAAGACACAAAGCACAUAACAUGACACACUUGCAGCCUGGGGAACAUGUUUGGGUCAGAGACAUGUCAGAAAGGGGUACUGUGGUGUCUGCGGCUGGCACACCCAGAUCUUAUCUUAUAGAGACACCAAGGGGUACACUUAGGAGAAACAGGUUUCACCUCUCACCAACUCCGACUGCUCCUGUGGUCUCUUCUGAUCUUCCUGACCUGACAGAGAGCCAGGUAUCUCCACACUCUUCAGAUUUAAUGGUCACGCCAGAAAGUCCGAAGGUUCACCAGCCGACGGCACAAGCUGCCAGAAGAUAUCCUACCAGGAUUAGAGCACCUCCUGGGUAUCUGAAGGACUUUGAAUGUAGUUAGCGAUACCCUGGAUAAACACUGAGUGGCCAAUGGGGCAGAAUAAUCCCCACACUCGGUUGAAGGUUUUGGGCAGUCCACCCCAUCCUUCUAGUUAGGAAAAAAAGUUGUAUUGUUCAAAAUGUAGAAUUUGUUAUUUAAACCGUAAUGUUUGAGAAUGUUUAUUGUUUAUUGAAAAGAUAAAUAUUUCUUUAUUUCAAGUUUAUGUUGCAUCCCUAAAGGAUUAAAAGAAAAGUAUCCUUAUUUGGAAAGGGGGAUGUAGUAUUAGGUUAUUUACGGUAGUUUUGGAAUACACAGGAAACGGUAGUGACAUAUACUGUGUGUGUUACGGUACUGAAUAUAUAAUAAAGAGUUAUCAGAAGUUAUGGCUGGUUGUCGCGUCGUCCUCCAUUACAAAGGCUG